AUGAGGAAACUCCAAAGCACAGAGGACAUUUCGGAGAAAAGACCAUUGAACAGACUUGAAGGUGGAAAACUAAGUGAUGGAGUAAAUAAAGAAGGGGUUCAAUUUUACAAGAAUCUUAUUGAUGAACUUAUCAAGAAUGGUAUAAAACCAUUUAUAACAAUCUAUCACUGGGAUAUACCUCAAGCUCUUGAUGAUGAGUACGGUAGCUUUUUGAGUCCUCGAAUCAUAGAUGAUUUUAGAAACUAUGCCAGAUUCUGUUUCCAAGAAUUUGGAGACAAGGUCAAUCUAUGGACAACGUUCAAUGAGCCAUAUGUUUAUAGCGUUGCGGGUUAUGAUAGGGGCAAUAAAGCAAUCGGUCGAUGUUCAAAAUGGGUAAACAGUUUGUGUGUAGCUGGUGAUUCGGGCACAGAGCCUUAUAUAGUAUCUCACCACCUUCUUCUUGCUCACGCUGCUGCUGCUGAAGAGUUCAGGAAAUGUGACAAGAUUUCAAAAGAUGCCAAGAUAGGCAUAGUGUUGUCUCCUUAUUGGUUCGAGCCAUAUGACAGUGAUUCUAAUGCUGAUAAAGAAGCAGUUGAACGAGCUCUUGUUUUUAAUGUUGGUUGGCAUCUUAACCCUUUAGUCUUUGGAGAUUAUCCCGAAACGAUGAAGACAAACGCUGGAAAUAGAUUACCUUCUUUCACCAAAGAAGAAUCUAUGAUAGUAAAAAAUUCAUUUGAUUUUAUCGGAAUAAAUUACUACACAACACGUUUCAUCGCUCAUGAUCUUCACGCGGAUCUUUCACGGCCUCGAUUCACAACCGACCAACACCUGCAAUAUAGAUUGACAAAUCGUAGCGGCGAUUACAUCUCAUCAGAAUCGGAUACUUCGAAACUUCUUUGGUCAUAUCCAGAAGGCUUACGAAAGAUUCUUAAUUAUAUCAAAGAUAAAUACAAUAAUCCAACUAUUUACAUCACCGAAAACGGUUAUGAUGACUAUGAAGAUGGGAUACUCACACGUGAAGAGAUACUAGAAGAUACGCCGAGAAUAAUGUACCUCCAAAAACAUCUUCAACAUCUCCAGAAAGCGAUCACUGAGGAUGGGUGUGACGUGAGAGGGUAUUUCACAUGGUCGAUGUUGGAUAAUUUCGAAUGGGAACAUGGAUAUGCAACGAGAUACGGAUUGUACUACGUCGACUAUUCAGAUGGUUUAAAAAGAAUUGCUAAAAGCUCGGCCAAAUGGUUCAAGCAUUUUCUUCAGAGAUCCGAAAAGCCAAGGCUGAUGGUUCUGUUUGAGAGAGUCAAGAAUUGGUGGUCUGCAUUACAGAUGAUCUAAGCUCGCUUGGUGCGCUGGGAGACUAAUUCUUCUUUUUGAUAAACUUUUUUGGAUAAUUAAGAAUGUAUGUGAAUAUUGAUAUGUACCAUAUGUAUUACUUGUAGAAAAGAACAAGUUAUUUCUUUAAUUUUAUAAAUAUAUAUAGAAAAUAGCAUGUUAAUA